GUUAUUUUUGUUGUAUUCUUUCCGACUCCAUGUACUACUGUUUCAACCAUUAUGUGUGAAUUUGUCUAUGACCAUGCUUCAUAAACUCCAUUGAAGCCAGAAGGCGAUGAUGUUGGUUAUAUUGAAAUAUCUGUUCAAGUCAUCAUUGCAUGGUGAUAUAUUCCUUGAACUUAUUGGAUAAAAUUUGCUUUUGAUAUAAUUGUUUUUCUGUUGCAAGUAAAUUCACAUACUAAUCACCUUAAUUAGCAGAUAAUUCGUGUUAGACACUCCAAGAAGAUCCACUGCAGAUGUACCUUCACAAUCAAAUGGCUUCACCGAGCCCAUAAAGAAGGACCAUUGACUAUUCCAUCCAGUGCCAUCAUGAAAUUAGCUGUAGAAAGUAUCAAUCUACAUCCAACUAUAUCUGCUUUCUUCAGUACACAGGAAUCCUCAAGUGGCUUGUUUGCUUCACCAUUGCCAACUAUUGCUGAUAGCAUGGAUUGGGAUAUGGAUAUUCAUGCAUUGCUGGAAAAACAGAUAGAAGAGAUAAGUAAUUCAGCUGAUGUUUCUGGGAAGAAAAAAUCAGAGGAUAUACUAUUUGGGAUUGAAGUCGAUUGCAAAGGAGAAAUCCGCGGCAGAGCAAUUACUACUUCCAAAUUGAGUAAUUCACAAGUCCAAGGGGUGCUAAAUCAUUUGAAGAGGACUACUCGGAGUAGGAGCAAACAUUCUGUGGAGAAAAGAAUAAUAAAUCCGUCACCCACUAUUCCCUCUGUUCAAGAUGAGUCCCCAGAAAUCAGGUCUUCUAAUAAUCCUCUUGCUGCUCGUGCAGCUCUUGCUUCAUUGAGGUCAAAAUUUCCUCAAGAUGCAGGACUUUCCGUCCAAAACAAUGUGGAGAAAGCAGACAUUAUUACUGUUGAUAGUUCAUCUAUGAUGGAUGAAAUUUCCAUGAAAAUUGAAGCUACCUUAACAAGAGAAAAUCCCAAAUAUGAAAGCAUUGUGAAGACGCUCUUUCCAACCGCAAGUGCUCCAGAAGAAUCUGAAUUUUCUUUUAUAUCUUCUAGAGCACCAUUAAAGGGGAAAGAAAUUGAAGACAAGGGACCAGUAAAGAAGACAACUCAACCUUCAGAAAGAAGGCUCACUCGCUCAGCAGUGCAGAGAAACGCAGUAGUUCUUGAAAAUGUUGAGAUGACCUAUUCUAGAGAGAUAAAGUUAAGGUCUUCUUCCAAGGCGAGAAUCGUCAAUCAUUCAACAGUUAAAAAAGCAGCAAAAAAUCCAGUUGCUGGAGCAAACAGUGGAACUGAAAGGAAUAUUUCGACUAAAUGCAGCAAAUCAAAAUUUUCUACAAAUAAAAUUGCAGUGCCAGGAUAUGAUUUAUUUGAAAACCAGAAAUCAGUUAUUUCAGCAAUUGAUGCUGAGUCAAGUAGAUCCCCUGCUGAGGAUGGGGGAAGCCUUGUGGGAAAAGACAGACAGAUUAUAAAGAAUGUUUCUACGAAGGAAAUCGUCGAUGAAGCCACGGCAAAACAUAAUUACCCAAAAAGGAUGACACGUUCUGUGGCUCGAGAGGAUACUGAAAAGAAUAAUGUACAACCUAAUGUAAGAUUGAGAAAAGGCAGAUAUGACGAACCUGAUAGUGUUGAGCUGAAGACCACUCCAAAGAGUGAAGAAAAUGUUGCCAGUGACAGUCGAGGCAUAAAGAGGAAGUCUUGCAGUUCCAGAAAUGAGUUGCGAUCUUCUCCCCGACUCAGACUUCUUCCUCAGACUCGCUUACAAAAUAAGGUGUAAUCUUCUUGCAAUGGCUCCUCCCCAUAUAUAUCUCCUACAACUAAAGACAUCACUCUUUUGGUAAAUGCAAGUAAAACUAUGUUAUUACCGAUGAAUAUAUAUGACAAUCUUCAUGAUGCAAAAGGCAAUGGUAUUUUGGUAGUACAAGCAGCACCGUGCCUUUUUAUAUGUUAAUUAAUAGUAUUUUCUUUUUGUUCUUGAAUGAAGCAAACUGAAGAUGAGAUCAGGGCUCUUAUAUCCCAUGCUUUUCUCAGUAGAAAUGUGUUUGUGGGGGUUGGUGAGAAGACGUUGAUUAGCUCAAUAUUGAAUGCUUUAUUGUUUUAUGUGUAUGCUGCCAUCGUUCUCAAUUUGUACUUUCCACUCCAACUUACAUUUCUUCUUACUUUUA